AUGAUUGAUCCAGCGAGAGUGCAGGCUAUCAAGGAGAAAUUGAAGCAAGAGUACCCCUUUUUGGUAUAUACCUAUGUAUACGAUUUUGAAACCUUGCGAGGUAUGUAUAAAGAACAACCUUACGGAUGGGUAUGUAAUAAUAUUGUCCACGAGGAUACCUAUGAAAAUGUUAACAGGAAUACAUGUAUCAAAUUUUUUAGCUACCUGCAUGCCAUAUUAGUAAAAGGAGCUCUUGGUGAUAAUGAAACUUUUAUGAAAAAAUUAGUAGAAUGGUUUCCUGCCAAACAAAAGGGCUUUAAGAACGUCCCUGACUUUAUGAACUCUUUUAAUGAGACUUUUGAGCAGAAUAUUAGAAAGAGUAUAAUGGAAGGUUUCAACAAAUUUGUUAAGGGAAGUUGGAAUGACACGGAAUUGGAAGAUAUAAUGAAGUUAUAUUAUUUUAAAAUGAAUGGUCAAGUAAUUAAUAGUAUUUUGAUGGGAGAUAUUACUACUGAAAGGUAUGCACAGAUGUGCAAGUUUACAAAUGAGUGUGUUGACAUAUACAGAAAGUACAUAAAAUCGAGAUGUGCUGGCACACAUUAUAAUGCCAAUAGUGGUAGUAGCAUAUGCUUUGAAUUACAACCUUUUCUUGAUGCGUACGAACAACAUGUGUAUAUACCUACAGUACCUAGACGAAAAGGUGUUAUUUCAUUGAAGGAUGACAUAGAAAAUGCACGAGUCCACUGUACAGUUUUUGAAUCCAAAUAUGGAUACAACCCAUUUGGUAUUUUCUUUAAAAAUAAAACCUCAACAUUGAAUAGCAAUGGAAAGAUUAUGGUUGGUGGGUUAUCCAUAACGGCUGGAAUGUUACUUUUGUUCUUCCUGUACAAGUUUACCCCACUUGGAAACUACUUCUUCCCGAACUCGAAGAAAGCCAAAAAGAGAUGGAGAGGACAGCCAGGAUAUUACAACGAAUACUUCGAUUCGUAUGGAAGUGGUAGUGAUCAGUAUAGCCAAGAUUCGUAUACCAUGGCAAGUGACGAUUCUUUUGAAACCGGCAGUGGAGGAUCUUACAAUACGAGAAUGCAAAGACCUUAUGAUGCCCAAAGUGCAGGAACGUUCGACACUCAAAGUACAGGCUCUUUUGACGCCCAGAGCACAGGAACCUUUAACGCCAGAAGUGAUAGAACCCGCAGUUCGAAGAGUUCUAGAACGUUUGAUGCCCCAAGUGAAGCGUCCUUCGACAUGGGCAGCACGGAAACGUUCGACACGACCAGCACGGGAACUUAUAACACGAGAAGCACGAGAUCUUCCAACUCGGGAAGUGGAUCGCGCAGCUCUAGAUCUCGCAGUACAUCCGGUUCAAGAGGAUUUAGUGCCCCCAGUGAGCAAUCUUUCGACAUGGGAAGUGUAGACACUUUUGACACUCAAAGUUCAGUAACCUUUAACACGGGAAGCACUGGCUCGUUGAAUUCGGAGAGCGACAUGGAGUACUAA